AUGGACAUGCCUUUCGAUGUUAGUGAACCUCAAGUUGAAGGACACGACGGCUUUGCCAGAUUCUACUGGAAACAUGACGAACAAUUGCAUCCUUUGAGAAGGAAAAAAGGAAAAGGUGAAGACACACAUGCUCCCAUGGAAAGAACAAGAUAUGCAUAUGAAAAGUAUCGUGAAGUUAGAAGUCAAAUUACAUCUGGUCGAACCUUUACAGUAAACUUUGACGAAGGAAAGAACAAAGAAGGCUUCAUGGGAGUACUUGCUGCCAUACAAGACGGAAAUAAGAAAGGACACAAUCUCAGAUUGACCAUAACGGAUUUGGAUGGUCACAUUUACUAUGCACAUGGCAAUGAACAAACAGCCGCAAAACUUCUUGACGCUUUCAAGACUACAAAGAGAGAACAAAUGGUUGACUCCGACUCAGACAUUUUGAAUGCAAUUGAAGGAAUUGCAAGUGUCAAGUUCGAAUGGUACCAACCUAACCCUCAAGCAGUCAGACAACAUGCUGGAUACUUCCCGUUCAUAAAUAAGUCUGACAUUGACUUGACAAGGUAUGGAAUUUACAAUUCAAUUGAAACAAUUGUCAACGAACCUUGCAUUCUUACAUGUCUCAGGAACUCUGGUCUUGUUACAGAUGAGAAGAUGAA